AUGAAAGUCACAUUCAAGGUACUGCCGCACUCGUCUUGCACCCUGUCUUCUCCGAGCUUGUACAGCAUACUAAUUUUGCUCUCUCCUUCCCAACAGGAUCUCAAGCAGCAGAAGUUUGUCAUCGAGGUCGAUCCAUCAGAGACGAUUGCCGCUGUCAAGCAAAAGAUUUCCGACGAGCGCGGCUGGGAACCAAAAACGCAAAAGCUCAUCUACUCUGGUACGCAUCCAAUGCUUGUUUCCUAUGUUCCUCCCGUAACUUCGACACUGCAUGGCCUCAAUGUGACUAAAAGACUAACCUUUCGUGCCCUUUUCCCUCCGCAUCUAGGCAAAAUCUUAAAGGAUGAGGAAACUGUCGAGUCGUACAAGAUCGAAGAGAAGGGCUUUGUUGUCUGUGUUGUGAACAAGCCCAAGGCACCGCCUGCCGCCGCCCCUGCCGCCCAGUCAUCAACAGCCGCUGCUGCCUCGAGCGCCUCUGCACCGGCCCCCGCCACGCCAGCCCGCAGCGCCGGUCCCGCCGCUACACCUGCUGCACCUGUCGCCGCAGCUGCUGCGCCAUCCGGCGCGCCAGCUGCGACGCCCACCCCGGCCGCCCGCGCCAACGAUGCUAACUACACGGACCCCAACUCCUUCUCCGUUGGCCCGGCUCUGCAGGAGGCCAUUGCCAACAUGGAAGCCAUGGGCUUUGAGCGCAGCCAGAUCAACGCUGCCAUGCGCGCUGCGUACAACAACCCGGACCGCGCUGUUGAAUACCUGCUGACUGGUAUUCCCGACAACCUGCAACAACAACAACAGGCCCAACAGGCGCCGGCGGCACAACAAGCAGCACCUGCUGCUGCUGCUACCCCCGCUGGCGAUGCCUCGACGGAUGAAGCUACUGCUGCUGCAAUUGCCGCCGCGGUUGCUGAGGGCGGCGACGAGGACGACGACGGUGUGAACCUGUUCGAUCUGGCCGCUCAGCAAGGUCGUGGCGGUGCCGGUGGUGCCGGUGGUGCCGGUCGCGGCACGAGUGCGGCAACCGCAGCAGCGGCUGCCGCUGCAGCGGGUGGCGCAGGUGCGGGCCAGGGACUUGGUAACCUCGACUUCCUCCGCCACAACGCUCAGUUCCAGCAGCUCCGGCAGGUUGUCCAGCAGCAGCCGCAGAUGCUUGAGCCCAUCCUGCAGCAGCUCGGCGCUGGCAACCCUCAACUGGCCCAGCUUAUCGCGCAAAACCCGGACCAGUUCUUGAGCUUGCUGAGCGAAGACGGCGACGACGAUGACGCACCGCUGCCGCCUGGCGCCCAAGCUAUUGCCGUUACCGAGGAGGAGCGUGAUGCUAUCGAGCGCCUUUGCCGCCUUGGUUUUGACCGGGAUCAGGCCAUUCAGGCCUACUUUGCUUGCGAUAAGAACGAGGAGCUGGCUGCCAACUUUUUGUUCGACCAACCCGAUGACGACGAGCCGACAGCCAACCAGUAA